ACGACGCUGAGACCUCAACUACAAUACUGUACCUUGCGUUUCCGCCAUCAAAGCCUGCUGCCAUCCCAUCCCAUUUGCACUUGAAACCGUUUCCCACUUCUGUGAAUUUCAUACCAACGCCGCCCGGCCUGGCAAGAAGAAGACUCUUGUUACACCUCUAUCUCGCUCAAUUCAAUUCUCUGAAUUCCGUGUCAGAUCGGAAGGAGGGGCACGGUCAAUUCCAUCUGCUCGUCUGCAUUUUCUUCCUUCAACUGGGAUUGAUUCCUGCAGCUGAGGAGUAUGAAUGUUAAAGGCGUUGGAGGCGUGGUGGAGUGCAGUGUUUGCCACUCCAAAUUGGGGGUGUCGCCCAAUACGAGGGCGGUGUCCAAGGCGUAUGAUCGGCACCGGAGCGUUGUCUCCUUGAAAACCCGCGCCUUUAACAUUUUGUUGGUCGUCGGUGAUUGCAUCUUGGUGGGCUUGCAGCCUAUACUGGUAUAUAUGUCAAAAGUGGAUGGAAAAUUUAUGUUUAGUCCGGUUAGUGUUAAUUUUUUGACUGAGAUCACAAAAGUUGUCUUUGCUGUGGUGAUGCUCUGUCUCCAGGCUCGGCAACAGAAAGCUGGUGAAAAGCCUCUUUUAUCAGUUUCAACAUUCUUCCAGGCAGCUCGCAACAAUGCUCUUCUAGCAGUUCCAGCUCUACUUUACGCUAUUAAUAACUAUCUGAAAUUCAUUAUGCAGCUAUAUUUUGACCCUGCAACCGUUAAAAUGCUGAGUAAUCUGAAGGUUUUGGUUAUAGCAGUUUUGUUAAAGAUAGUCAUGAGACGACGCUUUUCCAUAAUUCAGUGGGAAGCCCUUGCACUUUUGCUUAUUGGGAUUAGUGUGAAUCAGCUUCGGUCUCUGCCAGCCGGCACUACAGCUUUAGGUCUUCCGGUGGCAACAGGAGCAUACCUUUAUACACUGAUUUUUGUUACUGUUCCAUCGUUGGCUUCAGUUUACAAUGAGUAUGCUUUGAAGAGCCAGUUUGACACGAGCAUAUAUCUUCAGAAUUUAUUUUUGUAUGGCUAUGGUGCAUUCUUCAAUUUCCUUGGUAUACUUGGAACUGCCCUUUUCAAAGGGCCUGAUAGCUUGGAUAUCUUACAAGGACACUCGAGGGCCACUAUGCUUUUAAUCUGCAAUAACGCUGCACAAGGGAUCUUGUCCUCUUUCUUCUUCAAAUAUGCAGAUACAAUCCUGAAGAAGUAUUCAUCAACUGUUGCCACAAUUUUUACUGGAAUAGCAUCUGCCUUAUUAUUUGGCCAUACCUUGACUAUGAAUUUUAUCUUAGGAAUCUCUAUUGUGUUUAUCUCAAUGCACCAGUUCUUUUCAUCAUUAUCAAAGGCCAAGGAUGAGAACAAAAAUGGUGAUCUGCAAAUCAUAGAUGCACAGAAAGACUUCAGGUCAAAGGAUUCAUCCUUUUUAAACAUGACUGCUGGAGCACAUGAAGAUACUAGCCAUCUCGUUGGACCUGAUGAGAGAGCACCGCUUCUUCCACGCUGAAGUUAUUAUUGGGUUAUAUCAUCAGUGAAAUUCUUUGGCUGGUCAGUUACAGGCAAUUCACUGACCUGAAAAAAAAAAAAAUACAGGCAAUUCUAACCAUUUUCAUGAUGUUUUGUAAACAAUACGUAAUGAACAAACGAUUCUUUUAUUCCCUCCAGAAAGGAUGCUGUAUCUUUCUGUGAGAGUGCAGAGAUGAGGAUUUUGAAGCGUUUAGGUGCUGGAGAUAUAGAAAUCCAGUGAAUUAUAACAUGGAGUUGUAGAAUACUGUAUUAUUUCCAUUUACAUGAAACUAGCUUAUACAUUUGCUGUAAACUCAACAACAGUAUUUACCAUCUAAAUAUGAUAUUGCAAUUUCCUUCUUGUGCUUAA